AUGAGCGCUCGAGGACGAGAUGAGGGAAAUUCACGUACCGGCUCGGUCCCACCGAAAGGAAGGGGGGUGACCACCGGUAUUGCUCCUCAUAAAAUCUCGCCGAGUGGAUGGCUACCUUCUCUCACCCGCCUUUCCAAAGCACUGUUUGACGGCGAUUGGCGUGGAGUACAGGAGGGCAUCAAGGUUGGUGCGAUCGGGGCAAAUGAUUGA